GGUGCUAUUCGUGUUAUUGCGAGACCGGAUUUGUUCCAACUGGCUCUUGGCGCAUCCCAAAGUGGUGCCAUUGAACCAAGACGGCUUCGAGAUGGUGGCGUUUCUGCAGAACUCCGGCGGCAUGGCUGUCUGGCUGAAACGCCUCGUCAAAGACCGUGGCGGUUGGAUCGAGGACACCCCAGAGCUCAAGGAGUUCGCCAAGAGGCUUCACCACAAUGGCAAGCCUGUCUUGAAGUUUCCAGAUCUUUUGAAGUCUUUGGAGGAGAAGGACAAGACUUGGAUUAGCUGGCAAGGGAAGCCGAAGAAGUGUCCCCACUGCGGGCAGGUGCUGGAAUUCUGGGGCAACGGUGCCAUUCGAUUAGACGACGGCUGGUGUUGUUAUGGCUUACGCAGCAAGAACGAGGAUGGCUCCAGAAAUGGCCGCGUUUGUGCCGCAGGUCUUCACCUGAGUCGGAAGCAGCACUUGGGCCGGCAGCGCUACCACUGCACUCGCUGCGCUGACCGCGCGAGCGAGGAGGAGCUCGCACCGGGGGAUAUGUGCGGUGUUUGUGCGCGUGGGGGGAGGGCGUACUACAUCGCCAGCCUUCUGAAGACGCUGAAUCAACUGCCCAUUUGGAGAACUUUGCUGAUGAAGGCGAUCAAGGAGUUCAUUUCCGACACGGGGCCGCUGCUGGCCACUUGACACGGUCCCAGGCAGUCCAGAGAUUGCUUGGGCGAGCACCACCGGCUGAGAACAGGUCACAGGAGGAAUUUGUGCAUUGAUCCCACCAGAAAUUGCAGAAGGUUCUUUGUUCACAAAAUUGGAACCAUGGCAGUGAACAGUCCCUGAAAGCAACCCUUGGCGAGCUGGAUAAUGCCG